GUCCGUACUUACCAUGUUUUUGGCCUUCUGAAAUCACAAAGUUGAAAGCUCCCAAGUGAGUUCUUGAGCAGUUCUCCGGUGGUCGAAAAUGGCCGAUGAAGGUCUACAUUCCCACAGAAGAGGCCCUAUCAAGUCUUCAGUUGGAAACAUUGCAGCACAAAGAAGAAAACAACAUGCAAUUACAGUGGGAAAAGAAAGAAGAGAAGGAUUAGUAUGCGCAAAGCGCCUAUGCAGAGGUGGUGUCAUUGAUAAUGCUGAUGAUGUUUGCUUGGACAAAGAUAUGAUGAUUGAUGAAGAGCGAACGGCUUUGGAUGCUCAAACUUCUUGCACUGUAGAAGAAUUAAAAUCUGCUGUCCAAUUCCAGGGAAAUGGUGCAAUGCAGAAAAAGGUGGAGUCCCUUCGUGAUUUAAGGCGCUUAUUGUCAAAGUCUGAAAUACCUCCUGUUGAGGCAGCCCUUAAAGCUGGAGCAGUACCUAUUCUUGUUCAGUGCCUUUCAUUUGGUUCUCCUGAUGAACAGUUGCUGGAGGCAGCCUGGUGCCUCACAAACAUAGCUGCCGGGGAACCAGAACAAACAAAAGCUUUAUUGCCUGCAUUACCUUUGCUUAUUGCUCAUCUUGGAGAGAAGAGUUCCAUGCCUGUUGCUGAACAGUGUGCUUGGGCAUUGGGGAAUGUUGCGGGUGAAGGAAAGGAGCUGAGAAAUAUUUUGCAGGUUCAAGGAGCCUUACCACCACUUGCAAGGAUGAUGCUGUCAAAUAAGGGUUCCAUAGCAAGGACAGCUGCUUGGGCCUUGUCAAACCUAAUUAAGGGACCUGGUCCUAAAUCUGCAACGGAGCUCAUAAAAAUUGAUGGCGUACUGGAUGCAAUAAUUUGGCACUUGAGGAAAGCGGAUGAAGAGUUGGCCACUGAAGUAGCAUGGGUAGUUGUAUAUCUUUCAGCUCUUUCAAACAUUGCUACUGGUAUGCUGGUAAAGAGUGAUGUUGUUGAACUACUUGUUGGGAAACUGGCAACAUCAGGCAGUUUCCAGUUGCUCAUUCCGGUCCUGCGAAGUUUAGGUAAUCUUCUUUCAGGUGAUAGUUACACAACUAAUGUUGUUCUCGUGGCUGGGCAUGCUGUUACAGAUGAUAUGAUAUCUGCACUGAUAAAAUGUUUGAGUAGUGAACAUCGGGUCUUGAAAAAGGAGGCAGCUUGGGUUCUAUCUAACAUAGCAGCUGGUUCCCUUGCACACAAGCAGUUGAUAUACUCUAGUGAGGCAACUCCAUUGUUGUUGCAUCUUCUUUCAACAGCAGCGUUUGACAUAAGAAAGGAAGUAGCAUAUACACUAGGCAACCUCUGUGUUGCUCCAAUGGAAGGUGUUGGACAGCCAUUUGUGAUUUUGGAGCACUUGGUCCUACUUGUUGGUAGAGGUUGCCUUUCUGGAUUUAUUAAUUUGGUGAGAUCUGCUGAUGCUGAGGCUGCAAGACUAGGACUUCAAUUCUUGGAGCUUGUCAUGAGGGGGAUGCCCACUGGUGAAGGACCAAAGCUUGUCGAGAUGGAGGAUGGAAUUGAAGCUAUGGAAAGAUUUCAAUUUCAUGAAAAUGAAGAACUGAGAAACAUGGCAAAUGGAUUAGUUGAUAAGUACUUCGGAGAGGACUAUGGGCUUGAUUAGUAGAAACAGCAAGGCCGAGAGCCACAGGUUUGCAGCUCCUGGCCUCUGGCUGUGCAUGUAUGUAUCACCUCUUUUUACUGAAAGUAAGCAUUGCAAUUCUGUGUGGAAAUUAAACAAAAGAUGGCGUUGAUCAUUUAUAUCAUUGAUGUAAGAAAAUUAAUUCAUGAUAUAGCAUGACUUGCAGUCUGUAGUGGAGUUAAUCAAAUCAUUUUGUUUAA